CAUCAUCAUGGACCGAUGUUCGCCAAACCGUACCAGAAGAACUCGUGGAGUGCAUCCGGCACAAAAUUUGAGGCCUUCAAGAAAACUAUGUCAGUGUGUGAGCUAACAUCUGUUUCGUGGUGCAAGGACAUGUAAAUUGCUUGGCUGCACCUCAUACAAUUCGUGUAUAAAAGCCAGCGUACUUGACUCAGAAAACACCAACAAGUUUCAGCCAUGAAAUUCACUUCACUCACCACUGCAAUUGUUACUGCCGCAGCAAUGGCUGGCGUAGUUGUGGCAUCCACCAUCCCAAUCGCACCAGGCGCCCAAGUGGCCCCAGUUGGCCCACCCCCACCUGGCCCGCCCCCAUCCGGCUCGCCCCCCCCAGUUGGGACACCUGAGAAAGGGACCCCCGGGAAAGGGGACCCCAAGGAAGGGACACCUGAGAAAGGUGGACCCAAGAAAGGGACAGAGACACCUGAGAAAGGUGAACCCGAGAAAGGGACAGGGACACCUGAUGAGGGACCUGUAAAAGGGACCGCCCCGGUCGGAGCGCCUAGAAUUAAGAUAGAUGUAUUGCUUUUUUUCCAACCCGCUAGCUGGAAUACCCCCGACACAUCAGCUCGCUCAUUAAUGCGGAGUAAACUACGGGCUCUUCGAGAGCCACAAAUUCGGCAGCAACGCCGUCGGGUGAGAUACUCUCUGGACAUGCAAGAAGCUCAUCUGCAUCACGAGAUCCUGUACAAUCUCGAUAGUAAUGAUACCAACCUCUUCACGAGUGUGUAUGGUGAAUGUCCUGGAGUUCCGCCAGGUUCUGCCACCUCCCUUCACCUGAGUUUUUCCGUGGACCAGGCACAACUAGUUUUGCCAGACCGGUUGGCAGAACUCCUGAGUUCUACCAACAACACUAGGGGGAGAGCUAGAUUCAGAUCUGACUUGUGUGAUCGAAGUGAAGCUGAUAAUAACUCUGGAAAGUUCAAUGACUAG